UAUCACUAUUUUUUCCCAGAAGGAAGUUGCACCAAAACCAACACACCAAACCAAAAGUACCAAAAGCAAAACAAAUCCGUAUAACCCAAACCUAAGAGAGAUUCCAUAGGACAAUUUUGUGUCCGCUGCUAAAUCUCUUCUUUCUCUCCUUUGUUCCUCUCCUCGAAGAACUCAGAUCACUACCACCAGCAACUUCCCCGAGUGUUGUUUUUCACUUUUUCUUCUCACAAUCCACUCUCUUCGCCAGAUCUUGCUUCCAGUGCUGAAGAGAGGCAGGAAAGACAUCAUAGCAAACACUUAAUCACUGCUAGAGAAACAACAAAACAUGAUGACUGGGGGUGGUUGACACUUGGCAGUCUGAAGAGCUGGUCAGAAUGUUGCAUGGCCAAGGAGGAGGGGAAACUGAUGGAAAGAGGUGCUGCAGAAAUUUCUUGACAAACAAUUAUACACUUCAAGGCAUAAACUCUCCAAAUUAAUUAGAAACAACAUUUGGAAGUGCUUCAAACUUCAAGAAUUCUGGAGCUUCAAAAUUCAAAAACCUUGAAUACUAAAUAUGGCUUGAAAACAGCCUGUGGUUGGAAGAGAACACACCCCGGUUGUAGGGAAGCAUAGCCAACAGGGGUGAAAUAAGUUCGCAUUUAAGGCAGCCCCAAAGAGGCCGCAACUAAGGCAGACCAGAGAUGACUGCAAUUAAGGCAGUUUUUCAACACUUCUCCUCAUGUUCAGGGCUACCGGCCUGGAGUGUGGCAAAUGCAAGUGGCCCAACAAUAGAUCUAGAAUAGGCUCUGGCCCAACAACAUUUUUAUUUCUCUGAUGUUUGAAUAAUACAGCUACUGAUAUAUAGACAAAGAGGAAUAGAAAUCUGCUGUAAUGAGGAAACAAAUCAGGAAGCAAUGAAUAGCCUAUCAUCUUAUCAUAAUUCAGAUUUUAUUCAAAUCUGACUCUAAACACAUUUAUUACAAAAUAUUUUUUAUCUCGUACAAUGGGACUGCUUUCUUAUAACAAUUAUCUUUGCUUCUUAUAAGGAGGGUACAUGGCACUGGCUGACUAGUGAAGAAGAACGGCCCUAGUGUAUAGUUUUAUGAGCAUACAAUUAGAAAAGUUUGGAUAUAAUGGGAAUCGGUUCUCGAAGUUCUACCAAUAGAAAACCAAGUGAUAGUAUGAGGCUUAUUAUGACAACUUUUGUUGGAAUAGUUUUUGGCUUCUUUAUAGGAGUAUCAUUUCCAGCAUUGACUACAAAGUUGAAUCUCCCAUCCAGCUUGCUUCCCGCCAUUGAUAUUUCUUACAUUCAAGAGAAAUAUGCAGGUGGCAAUGCACCGUCUUUUGUGAAGAAUAAUAACAGCAUCUCAUCAAAGCAUCAAUUAAUAAAUGAUACAUUGAAGAUAUGGGUUCCAUCAAAUCCAAGAGGUGCAGAAAGAUUACCUCCUGAGAUUAUUGAAGCUGAGACGGACUUAUAUUUGCGUAGAUUGUGGGGUCAGCCCAGUGAGGAUUUAACAUCAAAGCCAAAGUACCUUGUGACUUUCACUGUUGGUUAUAGUCAGAGAUAUAAUAUUGAUGCAAACGUGAAAAAGUUCUCAGAGAACUUUACAAUAGUUCUAUUUCAUUAUGAUGGCAAAACAACUGAAUGGGGUGAGUUUGAGUGGUCAAAGCGGGCAAUUCAUGUGAGUGUCCGCAAACAGACCAAAUGGUGGUAUGCCAAGCGGUUUCUGCAUCCUGACAUUGUGGCACCAUAUGACUAUAUUUUUAUAUGGGAUGAAGACCUGGGUGUUGAACAUUUUAAUGCAGAAGAAUACUUAAAACUGGUGAAGAAGCAUGGGUUGGAGAUUUCACAGCCUGGUUUGGAACCUAAUAAAGGAUUGACAUGGCAAAUGACAAAGAGAAGAGGUGAUCGUGAAGUUCACAAAGAAACAGAGGAGAAACCAGGAUGGUGCAGUGACCCCCAUCUGCCUCCUUGUGCAGCAUUUGUUGAGAUUAUGGCUCCAGUGUUUUCACGAGAUGCAUGGCAUUGUGUGUGGCAUAUGAUUCAGAAUGAUUUGGUCCAUGGCUGGGGCCUUGAUUUUGCUCUUAGAAAAUGUGUUGAGCCUGCCCAUGAGAAAAUUGGAGUUGUUGAUUCUCAGUGGAUUAUUCAUCAAAGUGUUCCCUCACUAGGGAAUCAGGGAGAAUCACAAUCUGGGAAAGCGCCAUGGCAAGGGGUGAGGGAGAGAUGUAAAAGGGAGUGGACAAUGUUCCAGAGUCGGUUGGCAAAUGCAGAAGACGCAUAUUACAAGGCCGUGGGAGUUGAUAUGUUUAACUCGACUACUCCUUAGUGGGGACAACGACGGAAGUUUGACUUGUACACAGCCAUCACCAUAGUUCGAUUUUGCAUGAUGUAUUAUUUUAUUUUAUUUUGUUACUUAAGUUUGUGACACUAGUUACUUUCACUUUUGAGAGUCCUAGCUAAGGACAAAACAACAGUUCAAUGUGGGAUUCCAGUGCUGAUAGAGAAUUAGAUAAUAUAUAGGUAAAUAAAACUUACUGUGUAAGUAGUGUAUUGAUUAUAAUAUUCUUUUAGGACCUUGCAGGAAUAUGAAUGCAAUGCCAGGUAUAAACAAUUUGAAUGUGACAAGGAA